CACUUGUCUCUGCUUUCUUGAGAAAUAAAAAUGUUAACUUGUUCGUCCUAUCUUACAGGCAGCGACCAAGCUUCUCUGCACUCAGAGAUCUCUCUUUCGAGUAGCGUCGAAAACCUUCUCAAACGAAUCUACAGUAAACACAAUCAUCCUCAGAUAAAGGCGGAGACAAGACGCAGACUUUCUUCGGUUUCUCAGGAGCUCGCUUCGGAAACACUCAGAAAAGUUUUCAAUGCGAGAUGUGUUAAAGGGACCCUUGAUGGGUUCAUCAACUAUCUUCUUGACCAAGCAGUUUCUUCUGUUUAUAUCUCUCCAAGGCGGUGCUCCGGCGGGUCUCCGGUACUGUCUCCCAGAACUCCUGGGAAAAAAAGUUGCAGGCUUUUCCAUGAUAUGUCUCUUCUUGAUUCUGAAGUUCCUUCUCCUAAGUCUUUGAAACUAGAAGUCAACGGAGGUUCUCAGCUCUUAGCUUUGGGUGAACUUGAGUUUAAAAAGGCGUUUUUGUUGCUUUCCUAUAUUCCAGGGCAAUCUUUGGGCCAAGUUACAACUGCUGAGAAGAUCAGACAAUGGAAUAAUUUGCCUAUGGUUGAAUACGAAGCUGCAGUUUGGAACCAUUUGGGCCGGUUUCAUUGUUCCCCAAAAGACCGAAGAGUUCCGCUUGAAUGGGAUAAUGGGAAUACUUAUUAUUAUCAGUGUCUUGUUGCUCCCGACGGUAGCUACAGAUUCAAGGGCCCUCUUGUGGAGAAAUCUGGAACACACCUGCACAAGGUUUUGGGUGAUGAAAAUGUUUUAACUGUCAAAUUCGCGGACGUGCCAGGCCAGGAAACCUAUUGUAAUGACAUCUACUCUGCAUAUAAAGAAAUUGCCAAGAAUGGUAUCAUGGUUGGUUUACGCCGUUAUCAGUUUUUUGUUUUCAAAGAUGGAGGAAAAGAAGAGAAGAAGAAAGAUUUUUCUACCAAGGGAGUGAAGUGUUACUUUAUACGCACAGGCUCUACAGCUUCCUAUGAUAUGAGGAACCCCUAUAUCUUCUCUGGGAAGUCAAUUCAUGAAGCCCGUAUGCAUUUUAUGCACGUCCAUACAUUGCCGACUUUGGCCAAAUAUAUGGCAAGAUUUUCCUUAAUUCUGUCAAAGACUAGGAAGCUUGAAGUUGACAUGAGUGGGAUUACAUUCCAGCAAAUUGAUGACAUACACUGCCAUGAUCAAGAUAGGAAUGAUGUUCUUGAUAAGAAUGGAAAACCUUGUAUACAUUCAGAUGGAACUGGCUACAUCUCUGAGGACCUCGCUCGGAUGUGUCCAACAGAUCUUUUUAAAGGAAAACGCAUCAGAAGUGUUAAUAAUAAGCAGGCAAGCAAUGUUAAAGAACCGCCUCUGCUGAUCCAGUUUCGGAUGUUUCACUCUGGCUAUGCUGUUAAGGGGACUUUUCUCUUGAACAAAAAACUUCCUCCUCGGACAGUCCAGGUUCGUCCUUCUAUGGUCAAGGUGUCCAAAGAUCCAGCCUUGUCUGAGUUCAGCACCACCUUUAACUCCCUGGAGGUUGUCACCACAAGUAAUCCACCAAGAAGAACGAAGCUAUCGAGGAACUUGGUCGCGCUUCUGAGCUAUGGAGGAGUUCCUAAUGACUUCUUUUUGGAUAUAUUGCACAACACGUUGGAAGAGUCGAAAACAGUAUUUGAAAACGUACAUGCUGCGAUGAAAGCUGCUUAUAAUUAUGGGGAAAUGGACGAGUUUAAUGCAUUAAGAAUGAUCAUGCUGGGUAUGCCACUUGAUGAACCACACCUGAAGGAUCAACUGUCUAUUCUUCUAAAGACACAGAGGAAUGAUCUCAAAGCAGGAAAGCUUCAUGUUACCGAGUCAUACUAUCUCAUGGGCACAGUUGAUCCCACCGGAAAGCUCAAGCAAAACGAAGUCUGCGUCAUCCUCGAGUCUGGACAAAUAUCUGGGGAUGUGCUAGUUUACAGGAACCCUGGACUACAUUUUGGAGACAUACAUGUACUUAAGGCUACAUAUGUUAAGGCCUUGGAAGAGUAUGUAGGAAACUCCAAGUAUGGUGUGUUCUUCCCUCAGAUAGGUCCAAGAUCUUUGGGUGAUGAGAUUGCAGGUGGUGACUUUGAUGGUGAUAUGUAUUUCGUUUCCAGAAACCCCAAGCUACUCGAACACUUCAAGCCAAGUGAACCAUGGGUUAGCUCUUCUCCUCCUAGUAGAAUUUAUGCUGGUACAGCGCCAAGUGAACUUACACCAGAAAUGCUGGAAGAGAAGCUUUUCAGAAUAUUUUUGGAGGCAAGAUUUAAUUCCAGCAACGUUGUAGGGGCAGCUGCUGAUAGUUGGCUAACAAUAAUGGACCGUUACCUCACGUUAGGAGAUGAGAGAGCUAAGGAAAAAGCUGGGAGGAAGAGACAAAUUCUCAAGGCUAUUGAUGUAUACUAUGAUGCUCUUGAUGCACCGAAAAACGGGGCUAAGGUCUAUCUCCCAUUAGACUUAAGGUUCGAGAGUUUUCCACAUUACAUGGAGUAUAAGCAUAAGAAAAGUUUCAACUCCACUUCUAUUCUUGGAUUAAUCUAUGACACCGUCGUAUCUCAGAAUGAAGAGGAACCCCCUCCAUGUGAAAUCAAGAAACUACCGUGUUUUGAAGAUGAGCUGGUCCCUGAGUCUCACAUGGAGAAAUGGGGAGGCUGGUACGAGAACUAUAAAGAUGAAAUGGAACAAGCGAUGAAAACAGAUGAGAAUAAUAAAAAGGAAUUAGCCAGUGAAGUCAUCAAGAAGUACAAGCAGGAGUUCUAUGGUGGUGCAGAGUUUAAAGACAUAAAGAGAAACCUGGACGCAUUCUACCCACAAGCCUUGGCACUUUACAACAUCGUUUACGAUUAUGCCAUCUUAAAGAACAACGUACGUUAUUGCGGGUUUGUCUGGAGGGUUGCAGGACGGGUCCUCUGCGAUUUUUACCUUGAGAAGAAGGUGGAUGGGGAGGGGGAGGAGUCAUUCUCUGCUGCAGGUUCUGUGGUCAAAAAGCUCUAUGGUUGAAACUCUUAUUUUUCAUGUUCUGUUCUGGUAAAAAAUAAGCCUUGUGUAGUCUUCAUGUGUCAUAAAAUGUGUGUUAAGCAUCUUACCAAGUAACCUAAUUUAUAGGCUAAUCUGUGUGGUGUAGUGUCAUAUGCCUUAGUUCUAAAUCCUUAGAUGUCCCCUCUUGUGUACAAGUCCGGGUGUAUAUUUGUUUAUGAAAUAAAAGAAAAAUAAGAA